AUGGUCAAAAAGCGGUACGAUAUCGGCAAAUUCGUGAGUUCCAUCGUGGGGAGAAAGGAGAACAUCGACGAUAAUGGUAAAGAAAUCGAGAAAAUCGAUGAUAAAAACGAUGAAGAAUUGAAAACCGAGAAAACCGAUGAUGGGUCGGAUCGACGAGGAGAUACUCUCUACUUGUACUUCACCGUCAUCACAGUCCUGUUGCUCAUCAUGGUAGGCAGCUGCGCGAUGACCUGGACAUCACCCGCUCUAAUCCACCUAAAAACCAACAACACCGACGCCAACCCUUUGGGCAGACCGAUCAAAACCAUCGAAAUCUCCAUGCUGCUGGGCAUCCCGAUGAUGGCCGGCCUGCUGGGCUCCUCCCUGCUGCCCGCCCUCUCCGACAUCCUCGGCAGACGGAGGAUCCUCUACGCCUGCGGCUUGUGCUUCCUCGCCAGCACCGUCGGCACCGCCUUCAGCACCAAAAUCUACCAGCUGGUGCUCUUCCAGAGCGUCACCUUCUGCGUGCAGGGCGCCACCUACGCCCUCAUCCCCAUGUACCUGGCGGAGAUCUGCGAGGACCACAAUCGCGCCAAAUUCGGCUGCAUUAUGACCCUAUUCCUACCGUUGGGACAGAUGCUCACCUACAUCGAUGGAUCGCUGUUGAACAUCAAGUACUUCACGCUGGUGAAUUCCCUCCCGUUGUUGCCGUUUCUCGCGUUUUUCUUGCUAGCGCCUGAGAGUCCGGUGUAUUCGAUGGCGAAAGGUCGCAGGGAGCAGUGCCUGCGGAGCCUGAGGCGAUUGAGGGGCAACAAAACCGAGGCGGAGAUACUGAAGGACUUGGAGAGAAUUAGCCAGAGCCUGGAGGCGCAGGAGGACAGGCAGCGCGAAUCGAAGUUGCUGACCAUUCUGUGCACGAAAGAGGGUCGGUUGGGUUUGGCGUUUGCGAUGUUGCCGAUGUUGUUCCAGUAUCUGUCAGGAGCGCCGAUUAUAGUGGUGUUGUUGGCUCCGAUUUUCGAGGAGACGAAAACGCUGUCGGGCAACACCAUAGCGAUCAUUGUGGGUUGCGUGAAAGUUAGUUGUUUCUUUUUUAUAUCCACGAUCGUCGAGCGUACCGGCAGGAAACCUCUGUUGGUGAUAUCCUGCGUGGGAGCCAGCAUGUCUCUACUGCUUCUAGCCGUUUAUUUCUAUUUGCUUUCGAUCGAUUCGCCUGCGAUACAACAACUGAAAUUCCUACCGUUGUUGGCUGUUGUACUAUUCAUAAUACUCUUCUCGGUAGGCUUGGGGUCUCUACCUUUGAGCAUCAUCAGCGAGUUGUUCCCGUCGAAUUUGAGGCCGAUAGCUGUCAGUAUCGUUACCACGACGACGGCUGCUAUUUCUGCUUUGUACAGCUUCAGUUAUCCGUUGUUGGCGGAGAGCAUCGGGACGCAUUGGUGCUUCUUCAUGUUCUCCUGCUGCAGCCUGACGGGCGCCUUUUUGAUCUACUUCGUCCUGCCCGAGACCAAGGGGAAGAGCGUCAUGGAGAUACAGAGGAUCUUGAAAGAGUAUUAG